UGUAAACUUGUGUGGUGUUGAAGUGAGUGGCUGCUAUAAAUAUUCUACUAAAGUACUUCUUUUACAUUCCACUGCAUCUUCUUUCCUAUCCAUCCUCAUCUUAUACUUUGAGAGAGAGAGAAGAAAGAGAAAGAGUUCAUGGGAAAUUGUCAAGCUAUUGAUACAGCAACUCUUGUAAUACAACAACCAAAUGGUGAAGAAAAAAAAUUAUAUUGGCCAAUAUCUGCUAGUGAAGUCAUGAAAACACACCCUGAUCACUAUGUUGCUCUUCUUAUCUCCACAACAUUAUGCACAUCAAAAGAUAGAGAAAAUUGUUCAAAUAAAAGUGACAACAACAAAAUCAACAACAACAAUACUAAUCCUGUUCGUAUUACACGUAUCAAGCUUCUUAAACCAACAGACACACUUAUGCUUGGUCAAGUUUAUAGACUCAUCUCAACUCAAGAGGUUACAAAGGGUAUGUGGGCAAAGAAACAAGCAAAAAUGAAGAGAAACUCAUCAGAAUCAGCUCAAAAGUCAAAUCAAAUUAAGGAAAGAAUUGACAAAGAAGCUGAAAGGUCUCAACCUGAAAACAAUAAGGAAAAGAAAUCUGAGAGACACGAGUCAAGGACAAAAGGAUCAAGCAAUGGUGGAAAUCAUAAUAAGUCAAGAACAUGGCAACCCUCUUUACAAAGCAUCACUGAAUCUUCCAGCUGAUAUUUGUUUUUCCAAUCUUACUCACAUGUGGAGAGACUAUGAUUGCUUAGAUCUGUGGAAAUUUAAUUUAAUUAAACUAAAUUAAAUAUACCACAUUUUAGGGAAGCUAGAGAGAAAUCAUAAACAUCUGUCAUGCAUAAUAAUUGUGUAUAGUAAAAGUUGACAUAUAAUAUUCCAUAUCAUUUAAUGUAUCCAGAUAUUAAUCUUCACUCAUAUCAGAUUCUUAUUUCUGUUUUUUUUUU